UUUAUUUUUUAUUGUAAAAUUAGAUAAUUAAUAUAAGCACCUGUUGUUUUAAACAUUUCCUCACUAAUACUUCUAAUUGCAUGCCCAUUGUAACACUUACUGCUACCUACUUGUAGAACCGGUGUCGUGCCAUAAAGUGAUGGUCUGCCGAAAACGGAUCAUCCUGUUGAAUCCGUCCAGUUUGUUUACGUCUAUAUGUGCUUUCAUCCGGGUCAAACAGUCAGAAUAUGCAAAUAAAACAGUAGAAGUAUUUCUUUGAGAAACUUUAACGAGCUGGGUCAAUAUAUAAUUGAGGGACUUUUGACGUCCAUAUGACAUAUUUUGCAUGCAUUUUCAUUAAAAAAAAAUUUAAAUGUUAAUUAUGAUCAUGUCUUUACAAAUGCCGUGGUUGUUUAUUAUGGAAACAAUCACUUAUUAAUAAAAAUGACUGGAUUUCACUAAAAUGUCAACAAAUAACCAUCCAAGUUCAAUAAUAACCACUUUCUAAUUAGCUAAACAAUAAUAAAAAUGAGCUUAUUAUUACAUGACUUAAUAUGAAGUAGUGUGUGAGUCAAGUGUGGAUUUAUCCAAUGUCAACAGGUUUAGUACAGUAUCUUUAUAAAUAAUUUCCAAUUUCAAUUUGACUCAUUUGUGUAUAUAUAAUAUUUUAGAAGAAUAUUUCUCUAAAAAUGCCAUGUGGUGUUUGGUUAUGUGGAUUUUAGGCCUGAAAACAGUAAAAAUGUCAACUAUGUUACAAAACAUCCCGCAAUUAUAUAUGGACCCAGCUAGUUACACUUUAUGUGUUUGGUAUUUCUGAUAUUUUUGUUUAGGUUAUCAUUAACAUGGUUUCCAUGAUUUAAAACAGGGAAUUUAUCUCUUUUCCUAUUAUCCUAUGAUCUUUUUUUUUUUUUUAAAAUAACCCUCAUGAAUGAAAUCAAAUCAUUUUAAUGCAUUUAUAAGAUGCCGGUCAGAAUGUUUCGGGGGUUUUGUCAAGUGGAAAACAUAUGUCUUUCAAGUUUACUUUAGGCAGUAAAAAGAAUUAUUAUAAUCUAGGACACAGAGCAGAGAAAAUCAUCCAGAGACCAAACAACAACCGCUUCAGUCAGUUUUUGGUACAGCAUCGGCUUUGUUGAUUUGCUGUGGAGUCAUAAUAAACUCCAGCAGGUGGAGCUGUCAGAGACAAACAGUAACUGUGGCAGCACCAGAGUCCAGAAAUCCCACAUUCACAGUCAAACUGCAUCAGGAUUCUCUUUUAUGUUGGCAGAGUGGCUGCCAGCAGAGGAGCUGAUUUGAGUCAUGGCUGAGGAACCCGCAGCAGAAAUCCAGUUGCUGAGAAGCCAGAAGACCAAGCUGAUAGAAAUUCUGAGUGCGGAUGCUGACUUUGUGCUGCAGCAUGCAGACUCUCGCUGUCUGCUGUCUCUCCGUGGCUACCAGCAGGUGAAAUCUUGCCGUGUUCCCAGUGAAAAGGUUACAGACCUUUUGGAUCAUAUCAUUCAGAGAGGUCCUGAAGCAGCACAAGGGCUACUGGAUCUACUAAAGGACCAAGCUCUGCAGGAAACCUUCCCAACGCUUUGUUUUAUUAAUGAUCUGCAGGUCAACUCACUGUCUUCAGAAACAUCACAAGACGCUGAAUUACAAGAUGUAAUUCCAGCCAUAAACAUCUGCAAAAAUGCAUCCAGUGUAGUGAAGGAGAAACAGCUGAUGUCUGUGGCUCGUGGCAUUGGCAGGUCUUGGCGGGAGAUCGGCAGACUGGCUCUAGACAUCCCGUCUGUGAAACUGGAACAGAUCGAAGAGGAUCAUCGGCUGCAUGCGGAGCGAGUCUUCGCCAUGCUGCGUUACUGGAGAACCCGCCAGAGGAACAAAGCCACUGCUGCUCACCUGCACUCCCUCCUCAGUCAGGGCGACUGGGCUCUGCCACCUGAAAGCAUCGACUUUCUGUUAGAGACAAACUGAGGCCUUCACUGUCUGAUUCCUUCUGAGAGUUAAAUCCUCUCAGAGGAAAGGUUUUCCUGGGGAUUAGUGUUUUUCUCAUCAUAAAGACUAAUUUUAUGUCAGGAGAGACACAGGACUAUGAUUGUACUACCUGAUUAAAUUACCCCACAGUGGGGUAACAUUUACACCACUGAGCAAGGGACCUUUGUUCACCUUAAACUACACUUUUAUAUAAUGGUGUGGCUGUCAUAGAAAAAUAGUAAAUGAUUUAUUUUGAUGCUUUACUUUUUAAGAGCUGUUGUUACUGCUGUUAAAAAUGAUUGUAGUGUUACAAUCAUGUAAUGUAGUGUUUUUAUUCUCUUUUUAGAAAUUAGAUGAACAACUAAGUAGUGCUCUGUUCAUUUUAGUGUGCGUUUCAAGAGGUGAAUAAAAACAUAUUUCUCUUA